GCAACGCAUUUCAGUAGAGAGCACAUUUAAAUGAGGAACUAUCCUUUGCAAUGUAGCCACUUCUUAAUGAGGAGUGAGGUAUAGAUCCUCAGAUCUUUUACUUCUUCAUGGAGAAAAUACUGCUAACAGUCAAAGCAAGGUAGCACCAGAAUAGGAGGAAAACAGAAACCAGAGUCUGACCCUACAGUCUGCAGCUGUAGUGAUCUUUGUAACUCAAGAAAAUUUUCAGUCUAGAGGAUGUCUCUGCUGGUUUCUCGGGGUACAGAAGUCCACAUGACGUGACUAUUUCAGUAGUAUUAUUUUGGUCACUUCUGCCAGGCUCUGUAGAGAUCAAGCCAUAAAGAGAUCCACUCCUGAGUUUAACCAUUCUGUACACCUAGAAAGUAAAUGCCAGGUGUAACAAUAAUCCCAGAGAGAAGUUUGGGAGGUACUGCUGUACAGAUAUAUGGAUAUGCAGUCGCUCCUAUGGAUAAAUUAACUAUUGUGUUUCAGUAUCUAAAGCUAUUGCCUCUACCACAGCUAAAAACUUCCCCAAAUGAAUGUACACAGCACCAAAGUGUUAAUAGGAAUAAAUCAGAUUUGCUGAAACAGUUGUCAGAGAUCAUAUGAUUUUGACUUUUCCAAAGCCACCAGUAGAGCGUAAUGACUGUGCAAUGAACUUUGUCUCUCAAUGGUAGGUCUCAUGUUGUUUCCUCAUGUAAUACAACUGCCUCCCACUUGUGUGAAGUAGAUAAGCAAAUAAUCUUCUACAGGCUCAUAUAAUCAGGAGUCAGGAAUCUGAAACACCAGAUGUUUUGGUGAUAGCUGAGGGCAGUCUUUGAGCUGAUAGGGGGAGCCUACAGCCCAGCAGCUGGGAUUCAAAUACACUGGUUGGUUGGGAAGAAAGUCCCCAGGGCAGAAAUGCUGAGGAACUGAAAUGCAAUGAAGAAUACACCACAUGGCUGCUCAGGACUGAGGGCACUAACGGAGCUGAACAGUGACUUCAUGGGCAUGGUAACAAGACGAGGUUGCAGGGAUGUGUUCUAAAAUAUUAACAGGACUUAUUGGGGAGAUUAGGAUGGAUUUUGAAGGGGCUUUGUAAGUGAGAGUCAUCGUCAGGAUUGUGUGGGAAGCUCCAAGCUGGGCUACUGAGAGGAAAGGGAAGAGCUAAACAGCAGAGAUGGAAAAUGCUGGCAGAAUGCAUGGACAGCCUGAGCAGGAGGGAUACAAGGAGCAAGCCUGAAUGUGAAAAAAGCUUGCCUUGCAGCUAUCUGUUUGAGUAUUAUUAAUCUUUUCUCCCUUUGUUCAUUUUCAUGUUCUCUGCCAGGUUGUGUUCCUGCUAGAAAGCUUUUUCAGCAUGUGGAAUUUUUUAGGGGGGUUGUCCAAAUGUUCUGUUCUGAGAACCCAUUUUAUUUCUAAACGUGAACCAUUAGUCUGAAGUGUGCAGUUUCCGCUUGUUAUGUUAGCCCGUCCUUCUUGAUGGGUGCUUGCCUGCCCUUCGAAUUAUGCUCGAAGGCCCCCGCCCAAGGAGUCUUUGCCUUGCCUGUGUCUGUCAUCAGUGGGUGAGCAGCUGGUGUGUGCAAGCCAGGCAGACCCGUUUUACGAGUGUGUGCCUACCUGUCAGCUUGCGUGUUGGACUUAGGCUCGUGCGAUAUCCCUGGGGAGACGGCCGAGAAAACCUCGAGGAGUGAAGAACUGAAUCUGGGCAGGUCUGGGGCAGGAAAAUCAGUGAGGAGGAACUUAGUCAUAAGAAUUACAGCUGCACGAGGUAACCAUCAGCAUUAUCAGGAGUGGCCUCAGACAAACAGGGAGCUGGCAGCAGGCAAGUUCCAGGAAAAGAGUACUGCAGGGCAAGAGAAGUGGUGUGAUUGAGACGGCAGAGGGUUGGAGAUUCACUUGCUUGUGAUUGAACAUGGCAGGGGAUGUGAAAAGAUUCACACGCAUGCUACUGGAAUGCAACAGCAAUGACAAGCUCUGUGUUGUGCGUGAAUAUCAGACCGAAGUAUUGUUUCCCAGCUCUCCUUGUGGGUUUUUUGUCAUCCUGCUAACCGUGAUCCUUUGGCUCCAUUGUCGAGGGCUGCGAACAAAGCGGGAGGAAUCAUCACCAUCUGGACAACAAGUGAAUGACAGGAACCAGCAGGAAUCUAGCUCACCAGAGAACCACUAUAUACAGCUGAGUGAAACAUCUGUGGAGAGCCUACUAAGUUCUGCAUCCUGACUCUGAAAGAACUGGAGAUACCAACGAGAGAAACUCUUACCAGGCACCUUCCAGGUGAUAAAACAUGGCCGCUAUGGGAGCAUCUACAGAGCAGAGUUGGAAACCUGGAAACCCCGGGAAGACUAUGUCUGGUCAUAUAUGAAAGCCUUACAAGAUCUGGCUGGUCCCCAGGAAGUAAAGGAUUUCCUGGGAAGGAUUAAAUUCCAUCAAAAUCUUGGCCAUCAUGAGAACCUGCUGAAUUGGUUGGAUGGCUGUGUAGACCGUUUCCUUUAUAUGAUCAUGGAAGAUGUAUCUCUUGGUGACCUGUUGACAUUUCUAUGGACAUGUCGGAAGGAUGUAAUGACAAUGAAUGGUAUCCUCUAUGACCUCACUGAGAGGCAAGUAUAUGAAGUUGGACAGCAAGUUGCAGCAGCUCUGGCGUACCUUGAACAGAAGAAAUUGUUCCAUGGUGACAUUGCUGCCAGGAAUGUCCUCCUUCAGAACAGCUUCACUGCCAAGCUGUGUGGUUUGGGGCUGGCCUAUGAAGCUCAUGCAUACGGUGCCAGCUCAGUCACAGGGAUGGUACCAGUAAAGUGGCAAGCACCAGAGCGGCUCCUGAAGAAACCCCCUUGCAUUAAGGCAGACAUCUGGUCUUUUGGAAUUCUAUUGUAUGAAAUGAUUACAUUAGGUGCUCCACCAUAUCCUGAGGUACCACCUUCUGACAUCUUGCCAUACCUGCAGAGACGGAACAUUAUGAAACAGCCUUCAAGCUGCCAGCAAGCCAUGUACAACAUCAUGAAGUCCUGCUGGCAGUGGAAUGCAACUGACAGGCCUUCUCCUGCGGACCUGAUCCAGUUGCUACAGAAAGCUGUAAAGACCAGCAAUGACCAUGCAGUACUGCAGGUGCCUGAGCUAGUGGUGCCUGAACUCUAUGCUAGUGUUGCUGGUGUUGCAGUAGACAGCCUAGUGAGUGAAUACACUGUACUCUGAAGGACCCUUUCCCAUAUUGGUAAAGGAGUCACCUCUGAAUUUGCCCUUUCUAGACAGUUUGCAAACUCAGAAUGAGGUGUGUAUGUUGUGAGGGAUCUCUUUGUUUUUCAGUCACAUGAUAUAUUUCAGAUCUCUCCUCCACACCUGAAACAAUGAACUAGUAGUAGUAGUAAUAUUAAAUCACCUCGUUGAUACCACUUUGAUAGUGGUCAUUUGGAAGCAAAGUGGGUCUAGGAAGCUGUAGCAAAUGGAAUGACAAAUUUCAGUUGAAGGAUAUUUUGGGAAAUAUAUCCUCAUCUUGCUGUCCCGUAAAAUUGCAUCAUUUAGAAUACGUUUCUGAGUUGUAUUCAGAAGAGGAGGUGUCCUGGGGAAUAUGGUAUGGGGCACAAUCCUAUUAGAAAAAGUGGACUGAGUAGGUAACGUAAAUGGGUAGUUUUCUGUCCAUUACUUACACAUUCUCCAAGGACCUAUUCAAGUUAGUUGCAUUCUUGCCUGUUAAGUGUUCAAUAAAUGUCUCAUAAAUGGAUAAUGUUAAGUGUCCAAUAAAUGGAUAAUUUCAGAACAAGCUGAAGACUUGCAGCAUCCUACAAAGCCAAAACUAGGUUGUUAGCCACAUAGGAUAUGCACGGCUGGAAGAAAAAAAAAAAAAGAAGAAGAAAAAAGGUUAUAUGAAAAAAAGCUAAUCAAUGGCUCUUCUGAAGGGGAGUAUGCAUCCUGCAGGAAAUGUUCAACCAUUAGUAGUACAUCAGUAUGGGGAUAGUUAUAUACUAAGAAUAUAUAGCUGUACAAAAGAGCUUAGGUUCUUUUUUUCCAUCAAAAUUUAUUAAUCCUCCCAAGACAAUGUAAUUGAAGUUUUCUCCUCUAAAUGUAAAAUAACAUGAAUAAAAUGUUUGUUUAUUUG